AUGGACAACCAGUCAACUCUGGUUUGUCUUGUUGGAGGUGCUGGUCAGGGUGCUAAUGAGAAUGCUGGUCAGGGUGCUGGUAAAAGUAAGGGCAUUGGUGGAGGUGCCUGUGAGGGUGUUGGCCAAGGCGAGGGCAUUGGUGAGGGUGCCGUUGAGGGUAUUGGUUUAGAUUGUAAUUUCUCAGUUGAUAAGGGUGAUGGUGCUACAUUAGAGAGUAAUGAAUUUAUGGUGGAUGAUUUAGAUGUAUCGGUAGAUAAUGUUGAAAUUGAUUCAGACAAUGAAUACUCAUCUAAUCUAGUCGAUACAAUAUUCUCGACUGAUGAUGAGGAUAAUGAUGAUGAGGAACUUGUAGAAGCAAGGAAGAACAUUAGGGAGUUCCACAAGAGGGUCACAAAGGGUUGGAUUAUAGCGGAACCACUCACGAAAGUUGUACCAUCCCAACAAUCUAUAAGAGAAUCAUCUAAUCGCGAACAAUCUGAUGUGGUUAUUGCUGAAGGUGGUUACCAAACAGACUAUUAUGAAACAGAUGGAGAUGAGAGUUUAAGUUCUGAUGUAGAGCGAGAAGAUAGUGAUGUGACAAGAAGGAGAAGUAGGUUUCCAAUGUAUGAUCCUGAUAGUGUAGUGCCUUUUUUUUCUACGUCUAUGAAGUUUGAUGAUAGUAGGCAAUUUAAAGAUGCUCUCAUAAAGUACUCAGUAGCCGAGCGUAGAGAGAUAAAAUUUGUCAAGAAUGAAAAAAAAUUUGUUAGAGCAAAAUGUGCGGAUGCAAAUUGUGCUUGGAGGAUUUCUGCAUCUUUGGAUGGUAGAACUGGGUCAUUCCAUGUGAAGACCUACCACGAAGAACAUUCAUGUAGCAUCGGCUUUAAUAAUAAGAGGGUCACGAGUUCUUGGUUGGCAAAGCACUACCUUAGUACAAUUAGAGCAAUGCCAACCAUCAAAACUAGUGCUUUGAAGGAGCUUAUCAAGGAUCAGUUGGGCUUAAAUGUAAGUAUGAAUCAGUGUACAAAGGCUAGGUUGCUUGCCUUCCCUGUUUUGAUGGGAAACUAUGAGAAAGAAUAUGCAAAGUUGUGGGAUUAUGCAGAGGAGCUUAGGGAGACAAAUCCUGGGAGUAGUGUUAUACUGAAGGUUGAGAAGCCCGAAAUGCAUUCUAAGGCAUUCUUUGAGAGAAUGUAUAUCUGUUUUGCUGCAUGCAAAAAAGGUUUCCUUGAUGGAUGUAGGAAAGUGAUAGGGUUAGAUGGUUGCUUCUUAAAAGGAAUUUGUAAAGGGGAGAUCUUGUGUGCCAUUGGAAGGGAUGCAAAUGAUCAGAUGUUUCCAAUUGCAUGGGCAGUUGUCAAAGUUGAGAGUGGAGACACCUGGAAUUGGUUCUUGACACAGUUGAUGUGGGACCUCAACAUUAUAAACACAUAUGGACGAGGUUGGGUCAUAAUCAGUGAUAAGCAAAAGGGUCUUCUACAAGCUGUGGCAGAGUUGUUGCCUGCAGCUGAGCAUAGAAUGUGUGCUAGACACAUUUAUGCCAACUGGGGCAAGAAGUAUAAGGGAGUACAAAUGCAAAGAUUGUUUUGGCAGUGUGCUAAGAGCAAUACCAUGGUAGAGUACGAUGAACAUGCUCAAGCAUUGAAGAAAAUUAGUCCUGCUGCAUAUCAUGACUUAGUUCAAACGGAGCCAAAGCACUGGUCAAAGGCUUUCUUCACCACUAAGGUCAAAUGUGAUAUAGUUGACAACAACUUAUGUGAGGCAUUCAACGGAAGAAUCGUAGAUGCCAGGUGUAAGUCCAUUUAUAGCAUGUUAGAGGAGAUGAGGAUAAUGAUAAUGACAAGGAUGCACACACAAAGGGAUGCAUGUGCUCGAUGGAGGAGAGACUGUGGUCCAAGAAUCGUAAAAAAAUUGGAAGAAAAUAGACUUGCUGCAACUUGCUCCCAAGUGAUAUGGAAUGGUGAUAAUGGAUAUGAGGUGAUGGAAAAGGGUGAGAAGUACGUGAUCGAUGUAUUCAAGAGAGACUGUACUUGCAGGAGGUGGCAGCUUACUGGCAUCCCUUGUCCCCAUGCCAUUUCUGCUUUAAAUCAUAGGCAUGAGGAUGCAUAUGAUUAUGUCGAUGUGUGUUACAAGAAGGAGAAGUUCUUAGCUGCAUAUCAGAACAUGCUUAUGCCAGUUCGAGGAGAGAGAUUUUGGAAAAAAACUAACAAUGAGGCACCUGAACCACUUCCAGCUAGGGUGAAGCCUGGCAGACGUAAACAUAAAAGAUUAAGGGAGGAAGGUGAGGUGGCAAGUGGAACUCGGAUGUCGAGGAGAGGAAUGAAGAUGACUUGUCAAACUUGCAAGAAAACAGGACACAAUAGUUUGACAUGUCCAGUUAGGAAGGCUAGGUCUACCGCUUCACAAACACACUUUUCAAGGAAAAAACUUUCGGUUCAGAGACAUAUAGGCGAAGGUGCAAGCGACGGUGUUGGUGGGACACCAAUUGCUGAUGCUGCGCCUGGGACACCUGUUUGUAGGACUGUUCAGAGGCAUACGGGCGAAGGUGCGAGUGGUAGUGUUGGUGGAGCACCAAUUGAUGGUGCUGCUCCUAGGACGCCAGUCCACGAAACUAUUACAAGUUCCGCACAUGGCAAGAGACAAAGAGUUGAUGUACAAACACAUGUUGAAUCAACAUCAAAAGCAACUGCAGUUGAAGUUCCAGUUAAAGCAAGAGGCCCAUCAAGAAAGAAGAAAAAUAGUGACAAGAAGCAACUUCAACCUACAAGAAAAAGUGAUAGGAAGUAGUGU